AUUAAAAUUAACAAAAUGUUUAAUGUUGGAGAAGUUGUUGAAUGUACUGUAGGAGACUGUAUUGAGAAAGGACAGUAUCAUGGCUCAUUAACAGGUAGUUUACCAGUUAUUAAUAUUGGUGAUACUGUGUGUGGGCGUGUUACUGAUGUUCAGUACAGUGGGUUGGUCCUAUCAGUCAAUCAUUAUUUGAAUGGAAUAGUCCACCUCACUAACAUUAGCGAUUAUUAUGUACCACGCCCACUCCAGUACUUUAACAUUGGAGACAAACUCAGUUGUGUUGUAAUUGGUAAAACCUCAAAGCAGUUCAAUGUCUCACUUCGUAAAAGUCACACUGGAAUUGACAUACCAAUUCUACCAGCCCAACCUGAUGGUUCUGAACCAGAUAAAGAAAUCAAUAGUAUCGCUGAUCUGCAAGAAGUGGGUGUGGUCAGGGGUUAUGUAUCGUCUGUUACCAAAUAUGGUAUAUUUGUUAAACUUGGUCCUGACGUCGUUGGUAGAGUUAUGCUUAAAAACCUCUCCGAUCAAUAUGUUCAGAAUUACGAGUCUUGUGUCAAUGUAGGAGAUCUAGUUAGGGCUAAAGUAGUAGAGAUCGAUAACGGUCGGAUUGAGUUGUCUCUUAGACUCUCAGAUAUUGAUGAGUCAGCAGGUUUGAGGUAUAAGAAGUUGAAGGAGUUGCAACGAAAGGGAAGGAAAAGAAGAAAAAAUAUGCCAUCAGAAUCAACUGAGGAGGAGGAAGAAGAAGAACUAGUGGAAAUGUCAGAAGGUGAAAGUGACACAAUGGAUCAACAAGAGAUUGAAGAGAAGGAGAGCGUGCUUGAUGAUACAAAGAGACUUAAGAAGAAAAGAAAACUAGAAGAUAAAGAAGAGGAUAGCUGCAGCAUGACUCCAUUACCAGUGACUGGCGGUUGGGACUAUAACCCAUCCAACGACACCAUUGAAGAGAGAGAUGAUGAAGAUACUAAUGAAGUUAUUAGCAAAAAGAAGAGUAAGAGACAGAAGAAGGCCAUUAAGAAAGCAGAAGAGCUACAGCUUUAUAAAAGGGAGCAUUCAUUAAUGGAUACCAGCAGGUUACCGCAAUCAGCUGAUGAUUUUGACCGGCUAUUAGUAGCUAAUCCAAACAGCUCUUCACUAUGGUUACAGUACAUGGCGUUUUAUCUUCAUACAGCUGAAGUGGACAAGGCCAGAGCUACAGCCGAGAGAGGACUAGCGGCAAUAUCAUUUAG